AUGGCUAAAUUCUUUGAUUAUGUACCUGUACAUGAAAUAAUCAUCAAAGGUCUAGAAACUCAUCCAAUAAAAGACAGAGAAUAAUAUGAAGAAGGUAAGUUUGCUUAUUGAUUAGUGAAGAUUGAACUUGUGAAUGGAGAAGUCAAGUCGCUUACUGGAUAUGGCAAAUCUUAUAUUGGCAACAAAGUUCAAUCAUUUACUUUUAAAUAACACAUAUUAGAAGUCUUAUCGUUCCUAUGGAGAUUUGAGAUCCUGAUGAUUAUGGUCUACAUCAUUAUAAGUUGGGUUCUUUAGGAUGAUGCAGCUAGGUAAUGAACAAUGAAUAUUUCAAAAGCAACUUAGUUGUUUUGUUUCAAAGCAUAGUUUUGCUAUUAGAUUACAGUCUCUAUGUGACAAAAUGCUUUCUUAAAUUUCGUAAUUUUAGAAUAGUCGAAUCCUAAUUGAAUGAAUAGAGAUAUAGUAUAUUGGAGAACUUUAUUCAUUCCAAAGAACCUUUGGCAUCAGAUUCAUCCGAGGAUAUAAAUACUUAUUUCUAUCCACAAAAAUAAGUAUUAAGAGAAUAGAUUAAAGUUGGUGACAUUGUUAUCCUCUAAAAAACACAUGAAUGCCCUGCAGAUGUAUUGCUUUUAGAAUCAAGUCAUCCAGUUGUAUAAAUAGACUAAAAUGAAUUUGGUAUUUCAACACCUAAAAUGACCAAUCCUUGUUAGUCUACGUUUAGUAUGUCACAUAUUUAUCAUAGUCUAACCGAAAUCUGAUACAAAAGGGUUGUUAGUCGAAUUCAAGUUAACAUUAAAUGGGCAAAUUUAGUAUUCCUACUCAUUUGGCAAGAAAUCCAGUUUGAUGGGAAUGAUAAAAUUAAAAAAUGAUCCAAAAGUGUUCAAAUUCAAUUAGGAUAACAUUAUUUUUAGUGGAGAGAAGCUCUUAAAUACAGAUUGGGCAUUGGGAAUAGUAUUAGUGGCUGGAAAUAAUUGUUUACGCAUUUAUAAGCCAAUCAAACACAAAAGAUAGAAGUCACUAUUUUUUAUUGGAAUGAUUAUUCUUGGAUAUUUUAUUAGUUUGGUAUGUGAUAAGAUAAUUUUAGCUUGGUAAUCUGAUUUAUAAAUCAAAUUAUGGGAUCCACUUAUGUUUUGAUUCCAUGUUAAUUCCACUAUAUGCCAUUUUCUAUAAAGAAUUUGUUUAGAUUUUUAAUUACGUUAAACAGCCAAGCAUUCAAAAGAAGGUUAAGCCAACUGAUGCCAUUGAGCAAGGGAAUAAUUAAGGGAAGGAUAGUAAAUAAUUAUGUAAAAUUUUAAGUCGUCUAAGAUGAUAAACACAUUUGGAUUGAAUUUAAUAGAGUAAAGAAUAUGACUGAAAUCUAUUCUCAGAAUAAACUAUCAAAAUACGACGACAUCAAAGACUUUUAAAUUAUGAUGUAAUAAACUAAUGUAAGCAUUAAUAUAAUUUCUAUAAGUAUUGGAAAUGCUCAAAAGUAAAUUUGGUGUGUAUGGAGUUGAAUCAAUAGUACUUUCAAAGGAAGAGGAAAAUCCAAUCGAUUUACAUUGAUGACAAGCAAUACACAUUCAAAUAUAAAUAAUUGGUAACAGUAAUGAACAACAAUUAAAUCUAAUUGGGGGAUAACUACUAUAAGACCCUAUUAGAUACAGGCAGAGAGAAUGACAUAUUUGAUGAAGAUAAAAAGGAUUACAGCGAAUUAAUUAAUUCACAUCCUUAUUCUCCUCACAAUUAAGAGGAGAGAUAAAAUUAUGGAAUCAGUUCGAACUUAUAAUUUUCCCUUUCAAAAAAAACCAUUGAUGCAUCUCAAUAGAAAAAACUAAAGAACUCCUUAGGAAAAACCAUAUCAUUUAGAGCAAAGGUUGUCAAGAGUGGAGGUGACUAAAGUUCUUCUAUUAACCAAUUGCAAAAGCAAUAAUUGAAUGAAUAAUAAUUUAUCACUCAAUUGUUUGAUGACUUCGAUAAUCAAUAUCAUGAGAGAGUUGUUGCACUAUUGUUGCUAUGUGAGAUUGAGAAUAAGUACAACGAAUAAAAGAAAACAAUAGAAACCUAUUGUAAAAAUCCAUAAGAUUAUAUUUUAAUUGAGUUCUGCAAUCUCUUAGAAUACAAACUAAAAUGUAGUAUUGAAACUGAGCGUUAAAUUUAUGACAUAGUUCUCAAAAGUCAACUCAAAAUCAUUGAAAUCUAAGGCAAAUUGAAAUAAUAUAAGAUCCUAAGUGAAAAUAAACAAACAAAAAAUAGAAUUGGAGUCUAUUCAGUUCUCCUAAAAGAUCCAGAGGAGUUCAAUGAAGAUGAAGGUGCACUUCUUUAUAUCAAGAUUGAGACUUCUCAAAUGUAUGAAAACACUAAUAUGAAUAUCAAUGUGUUAGAAACUAAUUCAACCUUGUAUUAUAUGUUGAAAUAGGGCUAAUAACCAACACUCUAUUUUAAGAAACAACUCAAAAAGAGUGAAGCCAAGUAAUUCCUAUUAAAUAAAAUGAACAUCAUGAAUUCAUAUACAACAGAUGAAGAUUAGCUUGAAUUAUUAUAUUUCCAAUUAGAAUCCUAGGCUGAAUUGCUCAUGAUUAUUGGUACUCAUGCAAAAAUAGAUCAAAGUGCUCUUCUGACAAUUGAUGCAUUCUCAUAAGCAAAUGUAUUUUUAAUAUCAAUAUAAUUUUAUAGUUAAAUACAUGGUUAGUUUCUGCUGAAAAUCAAUUUGUAGUUCUGAGGUUUUUAUUUGAUGCAAAGUUCAUUGAAAAUGAAAAUGAUUUAAACCAAUUUAAUUCCGGAGAUGAGAGAACUUUGAAAUUCGCUAUUUAGAGUGCCUGUUCAAAUCUGAUAAAGUAACAAAGGUAAAUGUGAAAUUAAACAUUAGAAUAUUCGAAGCACAAGACUUUGAAAAGAAGUAUAUUCUCCUGAGUUGUGAAGCCUUGUUAACUAUAAUCAAAGAUGAGUAUCUUUUAAAUCAUUUUGCCAUAAUCGUUUGGUUUAGUAGGGGGUUGGCCUUGUAUGAUAGUAUGGAGAUCUCAAAAGUAAAAUUAUUUAAGAUUGCCAAAAAACUCAAUAUGUAAAUUGGAUACAUCGGAAGUUGUGCUAACACUCAAAGGGUUUAUAAUAUGAGUUAAAUAUCAAUUGACAUCAACCCGAAAUGCUACACUUAAUCCAAACCUUGCUAUUUAGUCAAUUCAUUAAGAUGCGCCGAAUCAAUCCUAAUAAUUAAGUGCAUAAGUUCGUCUUUGUUGGCCUAACAGAUUCUUUACUUUUGGCUUUACGAGAUGAUACUAUUUGUCUUAAUCAAUCUCAUCAAUCAAGGGUAGUUUUUAACGUAAAGUUGCAACAUCCUCCUUCUACUAAGCCAAACCUUGACCGUAAUGAUUCAAUUGAUAUCUCACAAUAAACGAUUCAAGACUUCAGAAAUCUAUUACAAAGGGUUGAUACCCUAAAGAUGCUUAGUCAAAUCCCUGUUUAAUAAGGAUUCGUUAAUUAAAAUAUUCUUGGUUGGAGUGAUUGAUGCGGCAAUUGUGAGCAUUCCUUUGUUGGCUACAAAAUACUUAUAUGGAGAUUCCAAUUAUUUGCCAAUAUCUCAGUUUGCUUUUAUCAUUACUCUAGAAUUAAUAGUUAAAAUAUAAUUAUAUUUCUAAAUAUUUUAGUAAUAGCAUAAGCAGCUUUUGGGUUUGUUAUUUUUAAGCGUAUUCAUUGUUGGUUUGGUGACAUUUCUAACGAUACCUGAUUAUAGUGAUUAUAAAGUAUCUUACUCAGAUUUGUUUUAUAGUCCUGGAUAUAUAAUAAGAAGUUUAAUUUUCGUUUACAUAUUUGCCUUUGUGUUUAAAUUUGCAGUCACUUCUAUACUAUAAUUGUACAAUUUGGAGAUGUUCCAAGAUACUGUGAUAACAGAUGAAUAAAAUUUUAAAUCUAUUGAGUAGACAAAGAAGUAGAGAACCACAAAGCAAAGUUUGCAAUUGUCUAUUUAAUAGAGGAAAAAAUUCAUCAAAUCUAUUUUGGCAGAUAACAAUUAGAUGGACGACUCGAUUUAUAAGGCCUUGAAUAACAAUAUUAACAAUGACGAAUAAAUAGAAUUGAAGAAAAAUUUGACCUUUAAUCAAAAGGAAUUUGAAAUUCGAUAUCAAGAAUCCAUGAGUCAGAAUUCAAUCUUGUACAUCUUCUUUGAAGCUACAAUCUUCGUUAAUCUAUUGAUCUAAGUUAACUAUAUUGAGAAAAAUAUAGCAAUCUACAUAUUAUGGGGUGUGUAACUGUUCUACAGUAUUACAAUUUAUAUACUAUAAUACUUGGAAAUCACUCCUCAUAAAAUCUAAUAAAAUUUACAACUAAUAAGCAUCUUAAGUAGGUUUUUGUUUUAAUUUAUCACAACCUUCUUAUUGGAUUAGGAUUACAUAUUGAAUUAAAUUAUCUUUACGUCAAUAUUUAUGAUAAUCCUGCUGAAUUACUCAAUAAAGCAGAGCUUGAAUUUUAAAGGUACGAUAAUCCUUAUGAGUUUAAUUAGCUUGGGAGUGGUAUUGAAAUUCAUAAUACCUAAAUAUGAAUACUUCCCAUAGAAAUAGAUAAUGUUUGUUUUGGCUUUGAUAAUCAUAUGUAGUUUAUCAAUUGUGAGUGGAUAUUAUUUAUGUUAUGUGAAUGAGUAUUUGAGGAGACAAAACUUUCUAUUGCAAGAGCAAUUGGAGAAGGAGCAGAAGAAAUUGAAUGACGCUUUGGGAAUAUUGAUGCCCAGAUUUAUUAAGGAGAGAAUGGCUAGAGGAUACAUCUAAAUAUAGGAAGAUUAAGGGCCAGUCACAAUCCUCUUUUGUGAGAUCUGUGACUUUGAUGAUAUUAUUGAAUCUGAGAAGGUGUCAGUCAUAAGUUUUCUGGAUUCUAUCUAUAGGACCUUCGAUACAAUAUGCAAUCAGUAUAACAUCUAAAAGAUUGAGACAGUAGGAUAGAUUUAUGUUUGUGCAUCAGGAUUAAAAGACUAUGACAUAAUUGAUAAGCAAUCGAAGAACUCAACUUAGAAAAUGAUUGAAUGUGCAAUUGCCAUGAUAGAAUCAACUAAUAAUUUGAAAUACUAAGAUAAACAGAUAGUAAUAAAGAUUGGAAUUAAUUAUGGCAAUGUGAUGGCUGGAGUCAUUGGUUAACACAAACCAUAAUUCUCUUUAAUAGGAGACACUGUUAACACAACCAGUAGAGCCUGCACAGUUUGUGAACCGGGAAGGAUUUCAUUGACAGAACCCGCCUAUAUCAGAGUCAGACAAAUGAAGUAUUAAUUUUAGGUUAAGGAAAUCAAUAUCAAAAAUAUCUAUGUGCUCUAUUCACUAGUCAUUAAUAAGAAAAGUACUUUCGCAGCAAAGGUUGACAAAUCACCCAUCAUUAAAUUAGUUAGUUCAAUUUAAUUCAAAAAACUGGAUUAAAAUGAUAAGCCUAAUGAUCUUAUGACUAAUGCUGUUAAUCCGGCUGGUUUCUAAUUCGAUAUAGCUAGGAAAUCAUCAAUGUCCAGAAAUAAAUCUGUUUAUUAGUUACCAGUCGAGUAAUUUGGUAAAGUAAUAUAAGAUGUAAUUACAGCAAAUAAGUUAAUAUGUAAUUAUUUAAAAUCAAAUAGCAGAGGAUAUAUCUAAUAGACGUAUUACUAUGCAUAGAAAGAGUAGAGUCACUAGAUUUAAAGAAGUUAAUCCUUAAAUGAUGUCAUCACAUGAUUAAGUUUAAUAGUAAUAGCAAUAACAAUAACAAUAAUAAUAAAAGAAAGAUGAUCCCUUAGGUGAUCAAUUUGGCGAUCUAUUUGAUAAUAUGAAAGUAGCUGAUUCCUAAAAAAAUAUUGAUGAUUUAUUGCCAAAGAGUCCCCAAAAUAAUGUUAAAAGCUAGAAAUCCUUAUAAAAUAAUAAUAACCAUCUAUUUGAUUCAACUUUGCAAUAAGAAGAAAAGAUAGAAAUUCCAAAAUUAUAAUAACUUAUUGGUAAUCAAGAGAAGAUUGAAACAGAUAUAAUGUAAGAAUUGAUUAGAGUGAAGUGUGACUUUGGUACUAAUCAAGCUAGAAGAGGUAAAUAAAUGUAUAUUAAACUUAGUAUAUUUCAGAUAAUUCAAGUAUAAAGAAAUGAUAAGGAUUUAUAAUCAUAAAUUGUUUAAGGAUACGGUUUAGUAUUGCCUUAUUCUCUUUAUCUACUUGAUGAUAUUUUAGUUGCCAAUUUUAUUUGCUUUAAUGGAAUAUAAGCAAUAUUUGGGAGUCAAUCUCACUAUCGAAGGAUUGAAGAUUGCAUUCUAUCUAAUGAGUUGUAUAGUUGUUCCUUUUUGCCUCAGGGAUGCUUACAAAUAUAUCUUCUAAAUAAGUAUGAUCAUAGGCUAUUUCAUUUGCAUCUUAUUCACCAUUAUAGCCAUCAUUAUUAAUGAUCCAAUCGAAAGAUCAUACAUUACUCUAAUUCUAGCUUAUACUUUAUGUUUGGGAUACUUUUUAAGAGCCUUACCUUAUUUCACUUCUCGUCAUAGGAAACUGCUAUUCGUUUUGAAAUACAUCAAUGUCAUAUUCAUACUAGCGUUUUCUAAUUAGUGGAAUGAAACUAUCAUCUUUAUUCUUACAAUAGAAAUAUUUAUUUUUGUUUAGAGGAAUCAAAAUGAAGAUUUGCUUUAUUAGAAUUAUAAUAUUCAUGAUCAGCUGUUGCAACAAUAAUAAGAAUAAAAUAAAAUUAUCAGUCAUCUAUUACCUUCACAUAUUCUAUAAUAAUAUUUUAAAGAGUAAGAUACUCUACCUGAUGUUUUUGAAAAUGCAACCAUCCUCUAUGCUGAUAUAGCUGGCUUUACAAAAUAUUCUACUAGCGUGGAUGCUCAAUAAGUAUUGUAAAUGUUGAGUUCACUUUUUAAUAAGUUUGAUGUGGCUUGCACUGAGAACAAUGUGUAUAAAUUGUAUUCAAUUGGAGAUAGCUAUGUUGUAAUGGGAGUUUUAGAUGCUAAUAAUGGGAUCAGAGAGGAAGAAGCUUAUAAUGUUGUCAAUUUGGGAUUUCAAUUGCUAGAUAUUGUAAAUUUACUCAAGAAAAAUAUUUAAUAUCCUGAUAUCAAUAUGCGAAUUGGAAUACAUACUGGGAAUAUCAUUGGAGGAAUAGUGGGAACAGAUAUUGUGAGAUAUGACAUAUAUGGAUCAGAUGUUGCGUUAGCAAAGAAAAUGGAAUAGAAUUCAUAAAUUGGUAGAAUCAUGGUUUCAGAGGAUACUAUGAAAUUCUUAGAUGCCACUUACACUGGAGAAUUUAGUUAUGUGUUCGCUAAUUAGAUUGAACAUCGCAAUAGGAUUAUUUAAGGGUAUUAUAUAGACAGAGUAUAAAUUGAAGAAUGA